UUAGUCCGCCAAUAAACCCACUAAAGAAAGAAAGAAAGAGCUCCCGUGUGAUGUGUUUGUGUAUCCUCAGUGUUUUUCUCUCUUGAGUGUUUUAUUGAGUGUAAACAGAGUCUUGUCUCUGUGUAUUUUAGUGUUGAUGAUGGAUGUGAUGUGCUGUAAAUCAGUAGGAACUGAUCUGUCCAUGCUGGAUAUUGAUGAUUUCAUCACAGAAAUCUCUCAGCUGAAGAAAGAGGUGGCGUUACUGGAGACAAAGCUGAGGUUAAGAGGAGAUGAAGGACUGAAGAGAGAGGACUCCGAGCUCAGUCUGACUUUACUCUGUUAUACUGAGUCAAAGCACACAGACGCUCAGGACACUACAGUGUGUGACAGUAAUCAGGACUUACAGGAUGAUGAAUCUACUGAUCAAACCUCCACAGAGUCUCUGGAUUCUGUCUGUAACGCUGGAGAACAGCAGCAGAUCCUGCAGACCAAACUCAACAUGUGUUCAGUUAAACCGAUGGACAGUGGGAACCAAACUGAGAUUAAAAUAGAACCCACAGAAAUAAAAAUAGAACCCACAGAAGAUGAAGUUGAUGACGAUGAUGACGAUGAUGACGAUGAUGAUGAUGAUGAUGAUGAUGACGACGACGAUGACGAUGAUGACGAAGACGAUGAUGACGACGAAGAAGAUGAUGACGAGGACUUUAUUGCUUCAGAUGAGAAGAGUGUCCAUUUUACUAACGUACAAGAGUUUAAACUUCAUUCAGAAGAUCACAGAAAGAAGAACCAGUGUGAGCAGUGUGGAAGGAUUUGUGCCACGGCUUCUAAUCUGAUCAUUCACAUGAGGACACACAGUGGUGAAAGGCCUUUCCACUGCACUUACUGUGCAAAACGUUUCCGCAGCAAAGGAAAUCUUGAUGCUCAUGAAAGAACUCACACGGGAGAAAAACCAUACCAGUGUUUUCUAUGUGAGAAGAGCUUUAUUAGUGGACAUCGUCUGAUCACUCAUGCGCGCUUACACACCAAUGAAAAACCGUAUCAGUGCAGUGAAUGUGGAAAAACCUUUAGGAUUUUAGAUUCUUUAAGGAAGCACGAAGUAACACACUCUGAGAGACUCCAUCAAUGUUCACACUGUGAUAAACGUUUUUUUCAUAAAAUGGAUUUGAUUGGCCAUGAGAGAAUUCACACGGGAGAGAAACCUUACGCCUGUUCUCAAUGUGGAAAGAGAUUUUCUAGUUCAAGUACUUUGACCGUUCAUAAGCGAGUUCACACUGGAGAGAAGCCUCAUCCAUGUAGUUUUUGUGGGAAGAGUUUUAGUAAACGUUGCAAUUUAGUGACGCACCUAAGAAUUCAUACAGGUGAAAAACCUUACAGAUGCUCUCUGUGUGGAGAGGCGUUUAAUCAAGCGGUUCUCCUGAGAAUCCAUCAGAGAGUUCAUACUGGAGAGAAACCUUAUCUCUGCUCCAUCUGUGGAGAGAGAUUCGCUAAUGUAGGACCUUUUAAGACUCAUCAGAAGAAACAUGCUGAAGAACAAACUGAUCUGUGAAAAAAAAACUUCUAUAUACAAGAUUUUUACAAACCAUUAAGGGGCGGUUUCCCGGACAGGGAUUAGACUAGUCCUAGACUUAAACACUUUAAGAGCUCUCCAAACUGAAAACAACUUGCACUUACAUAUCUUAAAAUACAUCAGUGCCCUUUGUUUUACCUCAAAAUGCACACAGGUAAUGUUUUUAGUAAGGCAUGUUUGUUAAAACUAGUUAUAUUUCCUAAUUAAACUAAGGCCUAGUCCUGGAUUAAGCUAAUCCUGGUCCGGGAAACUGCCCCUAUAUCUUUUAUGGUAGAUUUUGUUCAAACUUUACUGUAAUAUAUUAGCAGAAGCUUUCUUAUUCCAAUAUCGAUACCUAGAUUAGAUAUUAGGGAUGUGCAUCGAUGUUAAAAAAGACCUGUCUAAAAUCGAUUCUGAAUCGUAAGGCUCCGAUUCAGUGUUUCAUGCACAGCUUGUGCAUGUACUACGGCUCCGUGAUCAGUAGGAAGUCCUUAUCAAUCUGAAAUCACUACGAGUUUGAUUCAUUUAUAACGUGCUUUUAAAAAAUGCAACACUCGUCAAACACAAUCAUUCAAAAUAUUCUCUAUUAUCAUGAAAAUUCCUGAAACAAUCUGAAGAACAGCAAUAUAAAUAUGCCUCUAGAUAUUUCCUGGAAUAGCGUUUGUAAUGAUACUUCUUCUGUGGCACAAAUGGAGUUUCUGCACGAAAGCGCCCUCUAGCUUUUGAAUGUGGCGGCAUUUCACCGUAAUUCAUUCAAAUUCAUUCAUUGAGAAAACGCGCAUUUGCCCGAUUAAUUGUCACGACCCUAUUAGAUAUAGAAAACAAUUCAGAAUUGUAUAUCAGAUGUGUCGAUCUGCUGUGAAUCUCACUUGGCUCCAAUAGAUGUUAAUAUUAAAAUGCUAACACAUUGGAUUUACACUGGAUUUGUUUUCAAUAAGUGAUUUUCUGGAUGGAUAAUUCCUUAUAGGUGGAGCUUGCAGGGUGGGCUAGGCCCCCAUUAGCUAAAAGGAUUUUAAGAAAAAGAAAAUCGAUUCCAAAACAAAUAUACAUAUUAUUUAGGUUCACUUUGUACGAAACUUUGUAAAACAAUUGUUAAUCUGGCCAUAAUUUUUUUAUUUAUCAAAAAGCGGCGCUUGGUAAAGUCAUGUUUAUCCAGCCGUCCAAUCACGAUGGAGGAGAGGCGGGACAAAUGCUACACUGACCAACCGCCACAUCCUACCUUUACUACAAAACAACAACAUAAGUAAAUAACUUGUUGAUGACUAUAAAUAACAGUCCGUGCUACCACAAUAUUACAAUGCAUUGAUUAAAGGGGACAUAUUAUGGAAAUGUAUUUAUUUUUUAUGUCCCCAGAGUACAUAUGUGAAGUUUUAGCUCAAAAUACCCCACCACGGCAACAAUGCGCUGUUUUUGGGUGUGUCCUUUAAAAUGCAAAUGAGCUGAUGAAAUACAAACACUGAUCACCAUAAUGGUGGUUUGUUGAAAUUGAAAAUCAAUUAUGCUGUCAAUUAUCUUCUAUUUUUCUAAAUUAUUUUUAAUUAUAUGCCCCCUUUAAACAAAUUAUCUGUAAAAUUAGAUAAUUACAAGACAGUAUUUCCGCGUAUGUUUUGUAUUUUAGUAACCAAAGCACAUCAAAACCUUUCACUUCUCAAGUGCUUGUUUUUAAAACAACGCCUGAUGUAUUCAGUCGUCCUAAAAGCCUUUGGUGGAGCCUGCAAUUUUACUCCAAGAUUUUAUAUAUUAAUGACCUAUGUACUGUUCACUGCAUAUUAAUUUUAUGUUUAGUUUACUUGUAUUGUAAAUUAGCUAUUGAAUUGUUUCAUGUGUGUUUUAGAAGUAAAGAAAAUGUCCUAAAA